AGAGAGGGAGGGUGAGAGACAGAUAAGUUCAGCACCACGGACAGCGCACCGGAGCGCCGCUAUCAGCUGCGCACUGACACGCUUCCUCGAACCAGUGGAGCUCUUGGCGUCUCACUCCACUGUUUCUCCCCUGAGCGUCAUUGCAUCACUGCGUUGAACUGUAAGAGGAGAGCGGGGAAAUAACAGCAGAGUGCAGGCGCAGCAUCACUUCUGUCCAGUCUGCAACUGCCAGGCAGCCUUCCAGCACCACCACUCUUCUGGUGUGUUUUUUUCUUCUUCUCCUCCCUUCCCUCUCCUGGUCUCAUCAGCAUCCGUGAAGAUGCACCGUCCUGUCGGAGGACUGAUGUUGUUCCUGCUGGCAGCUUUGUGGAUUUUCUGCAACGUCUACGGAGUGCAUGGAGCUUUGCCAACAACCCCAAAAUGUGACGAUGCUCUGGCCCUAUCUUUGCCGCACACCGCCUUCACCAGCUCGUCUGUCUUCUCAAACGGAUAUGCUGCCGGCUACGCCAAGCUCAACAGGAGAGGAGGUGCUGGUGGAUGGUCUCCACUGGACAGCGACCACUACCAGUGGCUACAGGUGGACCUUGGCUCCAGAAAGCAGGUGAGCGCCAUCGCAACCCAGGGGCGCUACAGCAGUUCCGAUUGGACCACUCGUUACCGUCUGCUCUACAGCGACUCCGGAAGGAACUGGAAACCUUAUCACCAGGAUGGCAACAUUUGGGCCUUUUCUGGAAACUCCAACUCGGAGAGCUCCAUUCGCCACGAGCUACAGCACGGAGUCGUGACUCGUUUCCUGCGGCUCGUCCCGCUGGAGUGGAGCAAAGAGGGGCGGAUUGGGCUUCGGAUAGAAGUCUACGGCUGCAUGUACUGGGCAGACAUGAUCAACUUUGACGGACAAGGUGUCAUCUCAUAUCGCUUCAAGGUAAAGAAGAUGAAGCUCAUCAAGGAUGUGAUCGCACUGAGGUUCAAGACAUCGGAGAGCGAAGGGGUGAUUCUUCACGGGGAGGGCCAGCAGGGGGACUACAUUACCCUGGCGCUGCGCAAAGCUAAGUUGCAGCUGCAGAUCAACCUGGGCAGUAACCAGUACGGCUCAAUCCUGGGUCAUACCUCAGUGACCACGGGCAGCCUCCUGGAUGACAAUCACUGGCACUCAGUGGUGAUUGAGCGCUACCGCCGGAAUGUCAACUUCACCUUGGACAGACACACUCAGCACUUCAGGACCAACGGGGAGUUCGACCACCUCGACUUGGACUAUGAGUUGAGCUUCGGGGGGAUGCCCUACAGCGGAAAGCCGGUGGGAGGAGGCCACAAAAACUUUAAAGGCUGCAUGGAGAGCAUCAACUACAAUGGAGACAACAUUACUGACUUGGCCCGAAGGAAGAAGCUGGACACGUCAAGCUUUCGUAACCUGUCAUUUUCUUGCGUGGAGACGCAGUCCUUUCCAGUCUUCUUUAACGCCACCAGCUUCCUGCAGCUGCCGGGUCGGGCAGCUCACGACAUUGUGUCGGUGAGCUUCCAGUUCCGCACGUGGAACCCUUACGGGCUCCUCAUCUUCAGUAACCUAGACGACGGAACGCUGGAAGUUUCGCUAGAAGACGGCAAGGUGGGCGUUCACAUUAAUGUGACCAAGACCACCAAGCACUACAGGGCGGACUUGGCGUCAGGUUCCGGCCUUAAUGAUGGCCAAUGGCACAUUGUCCGCUUGGUGGCCAAGGAGAACUCUGCCAUGUUGGUAAUAGAUGAUGAGGAGGCGUCCGCUGUGCACUCCACCUCGCCCCUGUCCAUCACAACUGGGGGGACUUAUCACCUCGGAGGUUAUUUCCUCCAGACGUUGUUCCCGCCCUCUCAGCGCUACUAUCAGGGUUGCAUGCAAGCGAUCAUGGUGGAUGACCAGCCGGCUGAUUUGCACGCGGUGGAAAAAGGCUUAUUAGGAGCGUUCGAGAACGUCAGCCUGGACAUGUGUGCCAUCGUAGAUAGAUGUAUGCCUAAUCAUUGCGAACACGGCGGCCGAUGUAAACAGACGUGGGACACUUUCAGCUGCACCUGCGACGGAACAGGAUACACCGGUGCCACCUGUCACACUUCUAUCUACGAGCCGUCAUGUGAGGCCUAUAAGCACCUGGGCCGCUCCUCUGACACCUACUGGAUUGACCCCGAUGGCAGCGGGCCACUCGGCCCAUUCAAAGUCAAUUGCAACAUGACAGAGGACAAAGUGUGGACCAUGGUCAUGAACAACCUGCCACCCAGAACUACCGUGACCGGUUCCAGUCGAGAAAGACGCACCAUACUUCAAGUCAACUACAGCGCUUCUAUGGAGCAGGUGACAGCAAUCACCACCAGCGCCGAACACUGCGAGCAACAGAUCACGUACAGUUGCCGCAUGUCCAGGCUGCUCAACACGCCAGAUGGGACCCCCUACACAUGGUGGGUGGGCCGGGGCAGCGAGAAGCACUUUUACUGGGGAGGUUCUGGUCCCGGCAUCCAGAAAUGUGCCUGCGGCAUCGACAGGAACUGCACCGAUCCCAAGUAUGACUGCAACUGUGACGCCGACCACGCGCAAUGGAGAGAAGAUUCCGGUCCCUUGACGUAUAAAGAACACCUGCCAGUCAGCCAGGUUGCCGUGGGUGAUACAAAUCGAGCUGGAUCCGAGGCCAAGUUAACAGUUGGCCCACUACGAUGCCAAGGAGAUGAUAACUACUGGAACGCUGCUUCAUUCACCACGCCGUCGUCCUACCUCCACUUCGCCACCUUCCAAGCGGAGACCAGUGCCGACAUCUCCUUCUAUUUCAAGACCAGCGCGCCUUAUGGCGUCUUCCUGGAGAACCUUGGCAACACAGACUUCAUACGUCUGGAGCUGAAAUCGCCUCAAGUUGUCUCCUUCUCCUUCGACGUGGGAAAUGGCCCCGUGGAGUUAACAGUGCACACGACCACGCCCCUCAACGACGACCAGUGGCACCGCGUCAUGGCCGAGCGCAACGUCAAGGAGGCGGUCCUCCAGCUGGACCAGAUCUACCGAGCCUCUCGGCCGGCCCCUGCUCAGGGCCACACACGGUUAGAACUGUUCAGCCAGCUCUAUGUGGGGAAACCAGCCUCACACACCUGCCAAGACAGUGCCGCGGGGGGCCAGAGGGGGUUCCUGGGUUGCAUCCGAGCCUUGCGGAUGAACGGCGUCACCUUAGAUCUGGAGGAGAGGGCCAAAGUCACGCCCGGGGUCAAGCCGGGCUGCCAAGGCCACUGCACCAGUUAUGGCGUGUACUGUCGCAAUGGCGGGAAGUGUGUGGAGAAGUACAAUGGGUACUUGUGCGACUGCAACGCCACUGCUUACGAUGGACCUUUCUGCACUCAAGAUGUUGGGGGCUUCUUUGAGGCGGGGACGCUGGUCAAGUACAACCUUCUCCCUGAAGGAGCUGCGGGAGCCAUGAAGGACUCCAAAGUCCUCGUGCACCCCCUGACGCCCCUGCAGGAGGUCAAUUCAACCAAAGAGGAAUUGGGGUUUAGUUUCAGCACAUCCAGCGCGCCAGCUAUUUUGUUGUAUGUCAGCUCCAAGACGCAGGACUACAUGGCGGUGGUGUUGAGGCACAACGGUUCUCUGCAGGUCCGAUAUAACCUAGGUGGUCUGAAAGAGCCAUUUGCCAUCGACGUGGACCAGCGGAACUUGGCCAACGGACAACCACACAGUAUCAAUAUGUCCCGCGUCAACAGAAUAAUCACCAUUCAGCUGGAUCAUUACCCUGCUGUCAGCUACACCCUCCCUGACGCGUCAGACACCAAGUUCCACCUGGUCAAGACCCUCUUCCUGGGGAAAGUUUAUGAAACUGGGCACGUGGACCCAUUGGUGAUUGAGCGUUACAACACACCAGGCUUCAUCGGCUGCUUGUCCCGGGUGCAGUUCAACGGAGUCGCCCCCCUCAAGGCAGCGCUGAGGAGCGGCAGCAUUAGCACGCAAGCCACACAGACGACUGCAGCUGCUUCGCCUGCGUCUUACCAGGGGAAACUGUUGGAGUCCAACUGCGGGGCAUCACCUCAUACCAUCCCACCCAUGUCGGCCGCAACAGACCCCUGGCAUCUGGACAACACAGAUGCAGAAUUCCCCUUCAACGAGGAGCGAGUCAUUCCUGAUGGAGUCAACAGAGACUCAGCCAUCAUUGGAGGGAUCAUCGCCGUGGUCAUCUUCACCAUCCUGUGCACGCUGGUGUUCCUGAUCCGCUACAUGUUCCGCCACAAAGGCACCUACCACACCAACGAGGCCAAAAGCACCACCGAGCCCGCCGGCGAGUCGGCAGACACGGCCAUCAUCGGCACGGACAACCCGGAGACCAUCGAGGAGUCGAAGAAAGAGUGGUUCAUCUAACGAGACUCUGAAACAGGAAGUGGAUCGGAGAACCACACGUUAGCACCAAGGUGGAGGUGGUGACUAUGACUCCCAGGACAAUAAUCUCCCAAAGAGGGAGGGAGAGCGAAGUGUAAAAAUGUGUUUUAUAUACAUCUAUAUCCAGAGUACUAGAAAAGAUGAAGGACUGACAUGUAAAUACUAACUGGCUUGUCCUUUGUAUCGUGCUUUACAGAUAAUUCUAUAUACUGGCUCGCGUGAUAGAGCAGAGUCUCCUUUUAAUUUUUUUAACAAAAAAAAAUGACGCCAAAACAACAUAUUGUUUUUCUUUCGUCAAACAUGAUGUAUAAAACUUUUGCCUAUGACAGUACAGUACAUACAGUAUGUAUCAAAUAGUUUUAUGUUCUCAUGCAUUGUUGCUGUUCCUCCCAGCAUGAUGGAGUAGUCCGUGGAUAUAGCUCGACAUGGCAACUGUCUGUUUUUUUGUUUUAUUUUAUUCGGAACUUGAACCCACCAGUUGCCAAACAAACACGCAAGUCUUACAUCUCAAAUUGUGAGUGGUCUUUAUUACGGAGAGGUGGCGAGUGUCAGCGCACCCUUGAAGCAAUCAGUCAGAGGAAACUGAAAUCUAAACAUAAAUGUUCAUUAAAAAAGGUGAGGAUAGGUCAUAAUUUGGCUUCACUGGAACAUAAAUUGUGCCUUGGAGUUAUUGAACCAUUUGGCCUUGUGGUCCCAGACCAAUUAUUCAACUGGUGGACGGUUGGACAAAUAAUGUGACUUCAUUUCUAAACUAUAUGUUCUUGGAAACAAUACUGUAUGUCCAUCAAAACAAUGCUCCUGUGGUUCUCAACCUUUUUAUAUACUGUACAAACAUAGAAUGAAUGAAUAUCCUUUAAAUCACUUUUUUGCAGUAUAUCUGUAAAACAGCAUCGUAGUUCUGUCACAUAGAGGAUCUUUGACUCUUGUGUUUCGUUAAUUUACAUACAGUCCCUUAAACAACAACAGAGUUGACCAGGGUUUUAUUCUAUUUUCAGAUUAGGGACUAAAACAGCAGAGUGCUUCUGUUAUGUAGAGACUCAUGGACUGGUGUUUUUUUUGUUUUGUUUUUUGCAGACAGUGUCUAAAGACAGCAGAGUGAUCCUCUCUCAUAGAGGAUCUUUGACAAGUGUUUUUUGUUGUGUUUUUCAUUUGAAGACAGUCCCUAAAGACAGCAGGGUGCUCUGGGGAUAUAGAGGACCUUUGAAUCAUUUUAUUUGUAUUUUUUUUUUUCAGAAGGUCCCUGAAAACAGCAAGGUGCUCUUGUCAUAUUGAGGAUCUUGUAUUUGAAGACAGUCCCUAGAGACAGCAUAUAGAGGACCUCUGACUAAUUUUUUUUUUUUUUUUUUUUUCAGAAGGUCCCUGAAACAGCAAGGUGCUCUUUUUAUAUUGAGGAUCUUUGAUUUGUGUUUUUGUUAACUUGCAGACAGUCCGUAAAAACAGCAAAGCGUCUUUGACUAACAUUUUUUUGUUUUUAUUUGUAGAGAGUCCCUAAAAAGAGCAGCUUGCACUUGGCAUAUCGAGGAUCUUUGAAGUAGUGUUUUUUUUUUAUUCACAGAUGGUCCCUGAAAACAGCAGUGUUCCGGUCACAUUAAGGAUUUUACUGUAACUCAAGUUUUUUAAUUCAUAUGCAGGCCGUCCCUAAAAACAGCAGCUUUCUCUUGACGUAUAGGAUCUUUGAGUAGGGUUUUUUAAUUGCAGAUGGUCCCUGAAAAAUGCCUAGUGCUGCUGUCAUAAAGAGGAGUUUUGACUGGAAACAGACUUCUCCUACAAUAUAGAGGAUCUUUGACAAGAUUUUUGUGUUUUUUUUUCCCAGUUGGUCCUUAAAAAAACAGAAUUCUCUCACCACAUAGAGCAUCUUUGAGAAGUGUUUUUGCUUUUUUAAAUUUUCAGACGGUUCCUUAAAAAACAGCCAAAUGCCCCUGUAACAUAGAGGAUCUUUGACGUAUUUUUCUUUUAUUUGUUGACUGGUCCUAAAAACACUUAUCCUUUUAUGACGACGACCUUUGACGAGUGUUUGCAUUUAUUUACAGACCAUUCCUCAAACAACAGAGUGUUCCUCGUAAAGAGGAUAUGUGACUAAUGUUUUUUUUAACUGCAGACAGUGCGGGGGAGGACCUUUGAUCUUCGCAAUCCUGUUAUAUAAUGGAUCUUUGAAUAGCAUUUUGCACUCGGUCCUUAAAGACAGCAGAGUGCUCCUGUCAUAUAAUGGAUCUUUGGCGAGCGUAGACGUAAUCUUUCUGUUUUAAUAUAUGACUUCUUGACUUGACAACAUUGGCCACUUAAUGAUAAUGUACAAAAUAGAAAUACAAGUGAAACUGUGGCCCUUGGAACAAUUCAGUUGAAUAAUCCUAUUUCUUCAUGAAACAUCAUACAAUUUUACAUUGGCUGGCACCCGCCCGCGAUCCCAAGAGGGACAACCGGUAGAAAACGGAUGGAUGGAUGUUUUUCUUGGUGCUGAAUCACAAUUUGUGUGUGAAGCAUGAAGGCUGUGUGUCCUGUAAACCAGCACCUCAGCACACAAGCUGCAUUAUUACGUAUUUCUUCCCCCGUUUUGUGUUUUUUUCUGCAUUUUCCAGCUGCCAAAAACUUUCCUUUGGAUGUUUAUGUGAUCAAAUUGUCGCCUAUUUUGACAAGGGAACUCAUUCUGCCUUCUCCUUGGGCCUCAAACAAGACUUCAAAUCCACAAAGGCAAACAAGUGACUUUCCUUUUUUCCAUACUAAACAGUAAAUAAAGUACAUCUUCAUGCUCCAACAUGAGAAGGAGCUCCGGGUAUUAAAAAAUCAUAACCGAAUGCUUUCAUUUCUGUUGAGUUCAAUAAAGAGUGUUUGGUCUUUA